AUGAAUAACGAAAAAUAUUUAUUUUUAUUAAAUGAAAUUUAUACAAAUGGUUAUACCGAUUACAUAUUAGAUAUUCUAUCAAUUUUAGCGGUUAUUUCUGGUAUAUGUGUAAUUAUAAGCAAAAACCCUAUAGUGUCAGUAUUACAUUUAAUAGCAUUAUUUGCUAAUGUUUCUUUCUAUUUAAUUAUAAUAGGUUUAAAUUUUAUAGGUUUAUCUUAUUUAAUCGUAUAUAUAGGUGCUGUAUCUAUCUUAUUUUUAUUUAUUCUGAUGUUAAUAAAUAUUAGAACAAGUGAACUUCAAAGUAAUACUAGUAAUAGUAUCCCUUUAACAAUUAUCGUAGGGAUAGUUAUUAGUUAUUCUUUAUUCCAAAUGUUACCUUAUGGCGUUUUAAUAUCAAGUCAUUUAAGUGACAGCAAUUUAAAUGAAAAUAUUUAUGCUAUGCAAGUAGCAGGUGGACAAUAUAAUAAUAUUAAUAGUCUUAAUACAGAUAAAAAUGAUUUAUUUUUUAUAACAUCUAAAAUAUGA